UUUUUGCUGAAACAAACUAACAUGGCUAGCUUUAUAAUGAAUAAAGAAGGCACUUUUAAAACAACCCGUUUCUCCCCCAAUUAUUCAGCGCCUUUUCCUUCCCCCUUCUUCGGUCUCAUGAAAGGUGAUGAGGCGGGAGCCACGGAAGAAUUGCAGCCCAGCUGAGGGGCUCUUCUUCCCUUCCUCCCUCUCGGGCCGCUGGGUGGAAUCCGGGCCUGGCCGCGUCCAUAGCAACAGCUGCCAGUAGAAGCACCUGAACGCCGAGAGAGAAAGAAGGCGGACGAGGCGGGCAGGGCGCGCGCGCUGGGCACCCAUUUGUCCUUCCAUCCAGCAAGCAGGAUUGAUUUUACAACAUGCCCAUCAUAAAGGUGCCAGUGGUCCACAAAUUUGGUAUUGUAUGCCAUGAUGAACAUAAAAAACUUCAGCAGAGACUCUUGGCUAAAUAUCUGAAGGAAACAUUACCUGCAACCAAGAAAAAGAAACACGUAAACCCAUAUGAACUUACAGAACAAUUCGUUGAGGAUUUCAAUUACGCACUACAAACAGAAAGUAAAGAAAAAUUCAUAGAGCUGGCUAAAAAAAUGCUUGCAAGAUGCAAGAGGCGAUCAGGUCUUAACACAUUAGGUAUUGGGAAGUAUGUAAAUCUUCCUGUGGCAUGGGCUGAGGCAAUUCUGUUAUUACAGUGUAAAGGAGAAAUUCACGAAGAAGCUGUUGAAAUACUUUUAAUUUCCUUGGACCAUGCGCCUCUUGUUCCAGACCAUAUCCCAGUUUUAUUUUUCCUCGCGGAAUCUGUUUUGUAUAGACUCUGUUAUGAUACAGUGGAGAAGCCGCAUCUCUUCUCAUGUGAAAUCAAGUUGUCCAAGCUUGGAUUUUUGGUCUUUUUAAGGCUUCUCCUGUUCUAUUUCUUUGGUUACCAGGGGUUUUCUGAAGAACACAGAUCCAGGCUUCAUGUUGGCUUGAAAGCGUUAGCAGCUUCCGAAGUCAGCUACCAACCGUACCCAAACAUCCUUUUCAUGGUACAUUUUAUGCUGAAGGCUGGAGAAGUCAUCUGUGAAACAUCUGUACUUUCUCAAACAUCAUUGGCCUCUGAUGCAAGUUUGCAAGAAAAGCCGGCUAAGUCUUUUUCUGACACAUCACCCAUGGGUACUGGCGGAUCAGUUGAAUUAAAUCCUGAACAAAAGCAGUUCAAAAUUAAACCAUUUCUUUGGCACAGCCUUCUUGUUUGGGUUUGUGUACAAAACAGCUGCUCUAAUAUAGAUGAAGUACUCAGGCAUGUCCUAUUCUAUAAGGAAGAGCUUCAUCAGGAAGACUGGUUGGAAUCAGUGUUGGGCCUGAUGGUCCUUGGAGAGACUGCCAAAUUAAACAUGUCCUGCCUGAGAGUUUUAAUGGACCUAGUGAGAGAUUUUAUUUCAAGCUCUCUGCCUCUUCAGAAGCAGAAAAAGAUCUACAAGGGAAACUUCUCAUGCUGGCUUUGGCCUGUGGGAUACAUAUAUACCAAUCUACUCAAAGAAGUCUGUUUACAUGGCACUAGUGCAGAUUUGCAAAAAACGGCUUUUCUUGGAUUCUGUGAUUGUGUCAAGGAACAUAAAGGUGACAAAAGAUUAAGAGGGGCAGGUUUACUAGAUCUCUUGAGCUAUCGCUCUUCACCUGAUGACCGUCACGAUCCAUUCUGGGUUAUUCGUUAUGGUGUGGUCUACAAUCUAGUUGUUCUGCGUAGUGAACUCGCUGGGGAUGUGACUCGAGAAGGAUUAAGGAAUGCUGUAUGGAGAUCUUUACAGAAACAAAAGAACAUUGAAAAGGACAGCCAUGUCCUGGAGGCUCUAAGAAUAGCAGAGGCUGAGUCCGAAGGCCCCAAAGACCCAUUCAUUGCAUCCAAAGAAAAAGGUUCAUCAAAUCCCAGCGAAGCGCCUUCUUCUCAGAGCAUUGGGUGGAGAGUCGCCACUUCCAUGUGCCAUCACUUCUUGCCACCUAUUGGUCCAGACAUCCCCUUGCCACGUCCGCCUGUACAAAAGCCACCAUUGAUCCCGCGUCGAGAAUCGGAACUGUCUGUUAAAGAGAAGAAAGCCAAACGCCUGACUUUAAGGGAAGAGCUUUUGCUAGCUGGUGUACCAAAAUAUCCAUAUCCAGAUUACUUGACCCGCACAGAAAUAGCUCUAAGGAGAAUAAUUGAGACUCAGUGGGAGAGGGAAUUGGAGAUGAGGCUGAAACUUGAAGAAAAACUCCUGGCGCUGGAGCUUAAAGAAAAACAGAAGUUGGAAGAAGAACGCUUCAAGAAAAUAAUGAAAUGGCGAUUAGAAAAGCUGAAUAAGACAACUAAGCCCUAUGAGCUUCCUCAUAAACAAGCAGAGAAGGAGGAGGAAGAAGAAGAAGAUGAAGAACUGACAGAGUCAUGCAGCAGCACUCAACUGUCAAGUGCACAACUGUCACGAGCCUGAAGACCAGCCCGCUAAGGGGUUAACUUACACAUUACAGGCAAAUGCAUGCAAUGAAGCCCAAGACUUAAGAAUGAAAAGCCUAAGUGGAGGAGUAGGGAAGUGUGUGUGCUCUUAAACCAUUUCCUGCUAAUGGUUUUCUGCUCAAAAUUGCUCCCACCUACUUUUUUCAUCCACAGUGUACCAGGUGUUUAUUAGGCUAAACCAUGCGGCAGCUUAGGACCAAUUUUGAGGGGGUGGGGAAUGCCUGAUAUGAAGACUUUAAGCUCCUUUUCCCACCCCACUGCUUCUCUGCUCAAAACUGUGGCCUCCUGCAGCAAAGUGCCAUAGGGGAGGAGUAGAGCAGCCCUCCCACCCAUUGGUGGCGCUGUGUUUGCCAGGGUGAUGUGGCGGUGAGGUUACAGGAGCUCUGUGUUGGUGGCGUUGGCACCUUAGGAGCCACCAGCACCAACCUGGAGGUCCCUCAACCUCGCAACCACCUCAUCUCUGCAGUAUCUUAGGGUGUGGCUGCCCUGCUGCCAGGAAGAUGCUGGUGCUGCUCUAUCCCACCUCUUCCACCGCUGCUGGUCUCCUGGGACUGCUUUUCAUGAAAAGACCAAGGUUGGGUUUCAUAGCACUCAUUUCCAUGUAAUGUGUCAUCUGCUCUUACAUCAAAUUUCCUCGCCUGAAAUACAAUGGUUAUGGGAAAGCAUUUUCUGAAUUUUGUCUUGUUUCUUAGCACACUCAGGUGUUCUAUGCGAGGUCAAGAGAAGCACACCGAAGAUGCUCAGGGACAGCGAACCCUCUCAUUCUUGUUCUCUUUAUUCCACCUAAUCAUCUGUUUGUGCCUUGCAGAAUUUCCCCAAAGUUUGUUUCACCCAGAGGAGCCAACGUGGUGCCCUACAGGUGUUGUGGGCUACAACUCCCAUCAGCUCCAACCAGUAUAGCUGCUGGUUAAGGAUGAUGGAACUGGAGUCUGCAGCAUCUGAAGGGCAUAAUGUUGACUAUCUGUGGUCUACAUCAAUACCUUCCGUCCAUUCCUGUUCCUGCCCUGGUUGCUUGUUUUGCUACUGGUUCUGCCUCUUUCCUCAAACCUGUUCCUGAUUAGUCUUUCUGUUGAUAUUUAGGCCUUGCUUACUGCCUUACUCACUUAUGCACAUUGCUACAUCUCCUGCUGUUUGAUGUACUUAUUUAAAAAUAACACAGUGGCUCUUGACUUGCUGUGACUUUUGAGCACAUGGUUGAUGCAGUCCUUGACUACGUUGAAUUCUUGGUUCCACAAUUGCAUGGCUAUUUCCGUCGACUCAGAUCUGCAUGUUAAAAGCUACCUGUGACCUCCAUCAUUCACUGUGUGUUGAUGUCUGAUAACGGUAAUGUUGAAACCUUAGCUCUCUACUAUAAGCAUUCUAUAACUAGCUAAUAUAGCUGAAGAAAUGCAGCCCACAAUCAGACCCCCUAACUCCAAGGUUGAAAUAUGCUGCUUCUCUUUGAGUGUGUCUACACGUGAGAUGGUUGAGGUUCAGCUGCUGCACCUAAAGCAGAUGGUUGAGAAGUGGUCUUUGCAAAAGUGUGGACAAUAUGAUGCAGAAGAACCUGAUCUUUACCGGGCAGCACCAAGUGCCUCACAUGCAUGGGCACUGCAGUUCCUUCAACUGAUGUUUAUAGUUCCAUUGUGGCAUGGAUUGUGGUUUACUCAGUAGGGAUUGAGUAAACAGAAAACAGCCGUACAAUUGCUCCGUUGUGGCCAAUUCUGUUCAACCCACCUUGCUAGUCCAUCAGUUGAUGGGGAAGGUGGGGAGCCCCAUAACGGUAGCAGAAGUCCUUGCGUGGUCUUCCACUAGCAGGGCUUGUUAGUUGAAUCACUCCCUAUGACUUCUAGAAGCCUUCACUCUAACCUUACCUAUUCCCUUCUCCAUCCUCCUGGCAGUUUCACACUUUCUUCCACACUUCUUCAUUCAAAUAACUCCUCCUCUUCCCUUGCUAUGACUGGAAACAUGGAGCUGUAAUAUGAAAAACCAAUGUGUUGAAGGCCUUUGUGGAAAGCUUAGCCCCAUGGCUUUUUUCUCUGGUCAAGGAAGUCUAAUCUGAUCUAGGUCACAUUCUCUUUAUUGGGUGGAGGAUUUUGAAGUCCCAAGGCUCUAAAAUGCCUCCAUACCAGUUUUCUCUUUCUUUUCCAGAAAGGUGAGAGCAGGCUAGUCCUUUGAUCACUGGCCAGUUAUGUCCUAAAGUGGUGUUCCAUCACUGUGUGCCAUCACUGCAAUUAGGACUUGCUUCCUUGAACAACUUUUGAACUAUCUGCGCUGACUCUUACAUAUGAAAAGUACAAGGCAGUGGGGGAGGAUCUUCUGGGUUCCCAAGUCAUCAUUGUUCUUCUUGCUCCUCUUCACCACAUACCAAACAUUUCCAUACUUAUCAAGAUACCACACUAACACCAUUUAUUAUUGCAUAUUAUUCCAUUGUGACUCACUUCCUAUGAUUUCUGUCUCUCUCUCACACACACAAGCAUCCCUAAGGCAUCUCCCUGGCAAACAACUUGCCAGUGAGGACAGCUACAUCUCUGAUCAGAAUUUUGUGCAAGUUUUCACAGUGGAAAAGCUGCCAGUCUUCGCCCUUCCUUCUUUGACUAUUUCGAGGGAUGAUUUGAGGAAAAGGUGAUUAUACCCAUAUCCUCUAGCAGUCCCACUUGAGUAAAUUUUUUAAAAUGGUUUGAUUUGCACUGUUCCCAAUUAAACUGACAUAUAUGACCACACAGCACUUGUUUUUAAACUUUCUAAACAAGUAGUUGAGAUUCAUUACUCAGCAAUGAAAUAUGAAUUAGUGGUAAAUAAUUGAUGAGGACAGUUAUGAACCACCCAUUGGAAAAAAAGAGAAUAGGCGUCAGCUCUAGUUGUGCGAGAGAGAAAUCUGGAAAUAAACAUGAGGAUAGAGCUGUUUUCAUACCGGAAUAAUUAACAUCAGCAUAAUCUUCUCAACAGACGGGUAUUAAAAAUGCAUAUACAGUCAGCGAAUGUAUAUCUCUAGAAACAUUGAAUCUCAUAUUAAUAUCUUUGCUUCGUUUUUGGAAGUAGCUCCUCAAUAUGUGGUAGAAGUUUGCAUCUACUGCAUUGCAACUUUACCAUGAAAGAACACCCUUAGCUUUUUUGCACUUACCUUGUCAUAAUUGAGCCUCAGAUUCAGCUUAUGUAUGGGGUCAUCAGAUCCUACCCAAAUCAAGGCUUGAUGCAGGAAGAUUUAAAUGAGUCACAGCCCUAACACCCAUCUGUGGAACAUGUGGACUCACCAUUCAAUUACCUUUUAAAAGUGAUAAAUCACUCCAUAUUUUUACCAGGCUACCAUAAACACACUUCAUUUUAAUGUUGUGUAAAUCUUGAAAUUGCUGUAACCUGAAAUUAUAGGACUGUAUCCUUUUAGAGACUGGACUUUUCCCACUUGAGAAAACAGCAGUUAGAUGCUCCCGCAGUGUUUUGUGGAAAAAAAAUCUGAUUGUACCAGCCUUUCAAACUUCCUUGAGAGUUGUUUUUAACAUGGUUGCCUUUAGUUAUGUUCUCAGCAGUUGUCUUGAAGGUUUGGCCAAGCUUCUUCCAACUAGUCGUAGAUUAACUUGGAGCUGGCUUGCAGAGUUGAGGACCUGCCAGACCUACGUACAGUUUCCAAUAUGUUGUGGGUUUGAAACUCUUCUGGUGCUACAAAUCUUCCAUCAAAAUCUGGCUGAAAAGAGAAUUUGGAAGCAUCUUUAGGUGUGGUGCUGAACAUCUCGAAUGGCCCCAUGAUGGCUGAACCCAAAAACGGACUUCUUAGAAAUGAAUGCUAAAUCGUGGUCACUUAUUGGGGACAUGUCACUUAUUGGGGACAAAAGAUUGGUUUUUGGUGUGGUAAGUGAAAGAAAUAUAUCUCAACCGGCUCUCAAGAAGAGACCUAUUGGACCAACACAGUAUUUUUCGAAUCUUCCUAGUCUUAUAUAUAAAGGAGAAAAUACAAUGUGUGGUCAUAUAUGUUGAUAAUUCAAUUGGAAAGAAUACUAUUCAAAGGAACUUUUAAUAAGAUUUUAAUAUUUGUGUGCUCAUAUUGAUAGUCUCUCUGUCACCACUGGAGGACAUCUUUAUCAACUUAAUAGGUACGAUUGUCUCCCAUGCAGGUGUCAGACCUCAACCAAAAAGGUUUAAAAGGAAUAACAAAUCUCACUCAGUCACAUGUCAAAGUCUCAUGUUCAAGCUGUUGAAGCUCACUCCAACAAGGGAAGUAAGCUCUUCUGCUAUUUAAAUGAAAACUAUUAUUUCUACAUUGAUUUCUAGGCUAUUUUACAGAGAAUCUUGCCUACUAGCCAUGACUAGUUGUCCUCUGAAGUUCUUUAAUCCUGUGCUCCACACAAUAAGAGAUCAGAGUUUUAAGAUGAAUCCAAAAGAAUUCCAUCACGUUUGACUGGUACUUCCUGUGAAGGGGCUUUUGCAGGAUUAAUAGGGCAUUAAAAAUAUAGGAAUGGCCCUACUGCUCCAGCUUAGGUGUGUUCCAAUAAGAGUUUUAGAAUGGUGACUAAAAUGGAAAUGGUGAUCCUUAAAAAAAUGGAAUAUGAUGCAAGAUGCAAAUUAAGAUUAGGAUACAUAGGAAGAACACAUCCUUCCUGAAAAAGCUGGUUCAUGUUUUGGUAUAACUAGCCUUUCCUGGGGGAAAGUAUUCUGUAGUUUAACUGAUAGGAUCCAAUCCCCUACUCAUGUUUUACACUUGUGUAUCCAAUACGCUUAUUUAAAAAAAUUUUUUUUGCAUCAGUGAGAAGAUUAUCAUAGGGGUAAACUGCCUUCAAAUUGAGCUGCUGCUCAUCUCUUUCUUGGGGGACAUGAAAAGCAAGUGAACCAACAACCAUAUUAUACAAAUUACUCAUUUAUGAGCCCACUGCCAUCUGUUAAAAACAGGAGAAACACUUAUUAAACUUGGAAUAUUUUGUCAGAAUACAGUGUUGGCUGCAAUACACUUCACUGUAUCAGCUCCUUGAGAAAGAAUUAAGCUGGUAAAUAUAUGUGCACUACAUACGAGGAAAGGAUUUCUGAUGGAUUGAGCCCACGUCCCCCCUAUGUAAGCCAUAGGUUGGCCACCUGAGACUUAAAAGCAUUUGGUAGACUCAUUACUAAUUCCAAACAUCUUCCCUGAUAUACUGAGUAUGUUUAGAGCUUUAUUUAUAAACUGCAAAGCUAAUUUGGAAAUGUCAGGUUCUCUAACACAAAUUCAAAUAUUUACAUAGUUUGGCAAGUUUCAUUGACAACACUGUUACUUUUGAGCAAUGUGCAUUUUUCACAGUAACAACAGAUUUUACAGAUAAUUUAACAUAAUGCUAUUCCCUUGCUUAACUGUGAGGCUAUUUUCCGUAUUACCUGCCACUGUAUUGAUUUCAUAUUCCUACUUCGUUGGAAAAAUAUUGUAUCCCUCAGAUUGUUAUUGUUGCCAUUGUUGUUGUUGUUGUAACUUAUUGUUAUCUGUCUCAGAGGAAAGAAACAUGGUGGAUCUUUGGUCACCUAGAAAACUAGGCUGUGGCUUUGAACCAUUAUCUCUGGGAUAGGAGUUUGAUAAAAUAUGGUUUGAUAAAUACUUUUUAAAGUGA